CGCGAUCUGUGUUUUUUUUCUUUUUUUCUUUUGACACCUUUGAAAGACGGGAUGCGCCCCUGCAGAUUUGGCCUUGUUAAGAUACACUAAACAAACUAAAUCAUCCGCGGGCCCGAGCAUCCGGCCGGAGAUCCCCCGGGGCAAUCGGUGGGUAGGCAGGCGGUGGACGAGACUCCUUGGCGGAUUCAAAAAGUUGAAACUGUCCUCUUCCGUCAGGUUGGAGCAUCACGCGACCCUCUUCAGUUCUUUUCUCUUCGUUCAGUUGUUUCCUCCUCAACCAAAUAUCAGCCUCACAGCCUUGAUACAUACACUACACGCGACGGAGAGAAGCACAGAAAGUCAGUUCCAAGACUCCAAGCCCCGCCGAUCUCAGCUUCCACGACUUCGAUUUUGUCACCCACUUCCUGGUUGCCCAGGAUCCCCCACUCCACUCGGGAAUUUCCAUCGCAUUGCCUCUACACACACACACAGUGUAGUGUAAACCAGCUAUCCCAGCCCGAAUGACGUCUCUGUCCUCCAGCUCGGUCUGACCCUGAUACGCUCGACCGUCUCUACCGCUGUCGAGACUCGAAUGGCUACCGCCCAGUUCGUCUCAACACAGUCUGAGAGUCCAAAUUCCACUCUCCCAUCAAUCUUGAAUGCACGCUAGACACUUACAGACAGUACUCUUGACGCAUGAACGCGGAGUGUAACGAACUCGACGGCAUUAUUCCCAAAAUCAUAACAACCCCUUUUAUGUUUUGGUCAUUGACGAGACACGAUACUACCACCACCACCCUUUUAAUCUUGCCAGACAUUGAGCCUCGAAUAAGUCAGAGGAGCGAGCCUAUUCUUCCCCACGCCAUUCCUCUUUCUAAACAAUCCCGCCCCUUGCACAUCAAACACACAGGCCUGCACGACACCACCACCACCACCACCAGGGCCCAUCCAUUACAGAGCGGCACUACCAAAGGAGGACCAACCGGCAGGACAAGCAACUUUCAAAACAAGAAACUUGGAAGCAGCCACAGCACCAGCACCAUUGACGAUUGACGACGCUCCCCCUACGACAAAUUGGCUGGCGCUUACGCAGUACUACGAUUAUCGGACCCCUCUUUUGCCUUGCCCUGCCUUGCUUGGCUGAGCGAUCCCGUCAAGCCGUCACUGACUCGGCACCGCCACUGCCAAUAUCCCCGUAUAUAGCUCCAUAGGUACCCAGCCGGGCGACCCCGCUAGGUCCCCCUUCCCGCCGCCAUGGUCCGCAUUAUUCCAAACCGUCUCAAGUCAUCCAGCAACUCCUUAGCAACUAGCAGAAGCACAAGUCCAAUGCGAAGCAAGGGCGAUUCAGCAAGCCCCGAGGGGCGCAGAGACACGGGUUUGGUUCUGGAUGUCAAGAUCAUACAGGCCAGAAACCUUGCGGCAAAGGAUCGAGGAGGCACAUCGGAUCCGUACCUCGUAUUGACCCUGGGCGACGCCAAAUACACGACCUCCACGAUACCAAAGACUCUCGACCCGAUCUGGAACGAACACUACCAGUUUCCCAUCAACAGCGCGCAAAGUCUUUCCCUCACCGGUAUUUGCUGGGACAAGGAUCGCUUCGGGAAGGACUACCUGGGUGAGUUUGAGCUCGCUCUUGAUGAGGCCUUCGCCGAGGAUGGCAUCACCGACCUUGGGCCAGGCUGGAUCCCCCUGAAGAGCAAGAGGACCGGAAAGAAGAGCAGCGUCGUCUCAGGUGAGGUGGAGCUGCAAUUGACCAUCGUCGACAACUCGAAUCUCGAAGCCACUCCCAGAGAGCUCUACGACCAGUUCAUUUCCGUCACCAAGUCUGCGCCUGUGCUUGAUACCGCCUCGCAAGUAUCGUCCACGCGCUCCAAGAACGCAUAUGAAUUUGUCAAUGGCGAUAGCGACACCUUGGGCAUUGUUUAUCUGGAGAUUGGCAAGAUCACCGACUUGCCUCCCGAGCGCAACGUGACCAAGACCGGCUUCGACAUGGAUCCCUUCGUCGUCAUCUCACUCGGCAGGCAGACAUUCCGCACCAAGACGAUCCGGCACAAUCUCAAUCCCGUGUAUAACGAAAAGAUGAUCUUCACGAUAUCGAAUUACGAGCAGAUGUACUCCUUCAACUUUACCGUCAUCGACCACGAUAAAUAUUCUGGCAACGACUUUGUCGCUUCCGUCAACCUUCCGAUCCGGGAAAUCAUGGAAAACGCACCAAAGCCCAACCCAGAAACCGGUCUCUAUCACCUGAAGGAUAUCCCAGACUACGCUCCAGUGCAGAAGAGCGGUGGCCGAUUCGCGAGAUUGGGCCUGUCUCGGACGGCCUCUGUUCAAAGCUUGAGCAAAGCCGCCAGGCCUGGUCUUUCUAGGCAAAACUCCACGGCCACAAAGGAACCAUCGGUAGCUGGGACCCCUCUUCAGAUCGCUGUCGACAGUGCUCAGGAAUAUGGCCGGACUGCCCUUCCCCCGCCUAGCCCGGCCUUGCUGUCACCUGGGGAGAAUCCCAUGGCGGCGGCGGGUGCGGCUGCUAUGGGUGGCGAGAUUGCGUCCCAGUCCGAAGGGGACGAUGACAACUUCACUUUCUUGACUCUUCCUCUCAAGAUGAAGAACCUUGAGAAGUGGGAGUCCAAGCACAGCCCUCAACUCUAUCUUCGCAUCAAGUACAUGCCGUACCCUGCGCUGAGACAGCAGUUCUGGAGGGCACUCUUGAAGCAGUACGACGCGGACGAGAGCGGGCGCAUCAGCAAGGUCGAGCUGACAACCAUGCUGGACACCCUCGGCUCCACACUGCGCGAGUCUACCAUCGAUAGCUUUUUCCAGCGAUUCCCCCAUAGGAUGGAAGGGGACGACUCGGAUGAUUUGACUAUGGACGAGGCCGUCAUUUGCUUGGAGGAUCAGCUAGAGGCCAAGUCGCGCUCGACCGUGCAGGGAAUGGUCGACAAGGUCAAGGAUAACGUGAAGAACCUCCUUCCUGGUCACGGCAAGGACUCUGGUACCACUAGUGAUCAAGAGGACGCGGAGACUCCGGCCAGCGGUUCACAACUUACCGAUUCAACCCUCAACGUACCAGAUCUUGGCACCUCUGGUGAGGAAGGAGACCUGCUCGACCGUGAUGACUUGAACCUUUCAUCUAGCGGCGAGGAACACGUUGUGGAGAUCAAGGAGUGCCCUAUUUGCCACCAACCUCGCCUGAACAAGCGGAAGGAUGCCGACAUCAUUACCCACAUUGCAACUUGCGCCAGCCAGGAUUGGCGCCAAGUCGACAAUCUUGUGAUGGGUGGCUUCGUUACUUCGAGCCAAGCCCAGCGCAAGUGGUAUUCCAAGGUCAUCACCAAGAUCUCGUAUGGCGGCUACAAGGUUGGAGCCAACUCGGCCAACAUUCUUGUCCAGGACCGUAUUACCGGACAGAUCAACGAGGAGAAGAUGAGCGUCUACGUCCGACUUGGCAUCCGCUUGCUGUACAAGGGUCUCAAGUCCAACAACAUGGAGACGAAGCGCAUCCGUAAGCUCCUCAAGAGCCUUAGUGUCAAGCAGGGCAAGAAGUACGACGAUCCGAACUCCAAGGCGGAGAUCCCCAAGUUCAUCCAGUUCCACGGUCUUGAUCUGUCCGAAGUUGCACAGCCUCUGGAGGAAUUCAAGAACUUCAACGAAUUCUUCUAUCGCGCCCUCAAGCCCGGUGCGCGCCCCUGUUCGGCUCCUGAAAACCCUCGCAUCGUCGUUUCUCCCGCCGACUGCCGCUGCGUUGUCUUCAACAGCAUCGACACGGCCACCAAUGUCUGGAUCAAGGGUCGUGAAUUUACCGUCAAGCGCCUGCUUGGUGACGCUUACCCUGAAGAUGUUGCGCGGUACGAGGGAGGUGCGCUCGGCAUCUUCCGCCUUGCGCCACAGGAUUACCACCGCUUUCAUAUCCCCGUUGACGGUGUUAUGCGCCAGCCCAAGACGAUCGAAGGAGAGUACUAUACUGUCAACCCAAUGGCCAUUCGGUCGGCGCUGGAUGUGUACGGCGAGAACGUGAGAGUGCUAGUGCCGAUUGACAGCCCCGUGUUUGGCCGCGUCAUGGUUGUUUGCGUUGGCGCCAUGAUGGUCGGUAGUACCGUCAUUACGAGGAAUGAGGGCGACGAGGUGAAGAGGGGCGAGGAGCUCGGAUACUUCAAGUUUGGUGGUAGCACGAUUGUUGUGCUCUUUGAGCCGGGCAGGAUGGUGUGGGAUGAGGAUCUGGUGCAGAACUCGCUUCUGCCUUUGGAGACUUUGAUCCGCGUCGGCAUGUCGGUCGGUCACGCACCUGAUGAGCCACAGUGGAUUCCUGAUAUGCCCAAGAACGAGGGCGAUAUCACGGCCGAGGACAAGGCCGAAGCCAAGCGCCGUAUCCAGGGCCAGGUUGCCGAGGAGUCGCCGGAGGAUAGCGGCAAUGACGAGGUUCCCCCUCCUCCGGCGUUGGGUCCAUGAGGAAGUGGUCUCCGCCGUUUGGUUGGGUGGUUCAGAUAAUUUUGUAUCGACCUUUGGGAUACAAGUGUAUGUUUUUAUGCCAACCUGGUCUUUGAGCGCUGAGUUUGAGUGUCCUGCAUAAAGAUUUGUAAUAUUAUGAUUUUACGAAGUAUCGAAAUAAGCCGAACAGUUGUUGCACAUCUUCAUGGGUCGAA